AAAGUAGGAGGAGAAGAAGAAGAAGACGACGAAGAAGAAGAAGGAAGUGUCGCUAACACUUUAGUUUUACACGGAAACGUCAGUUUCUGAAGCAGUAAUAUUCUAGUAAUGUAGUAAUAUUUUGAUCUGGGUGUCUGGUACUUGCCUUGUCUGCCGACACAACAUUAACGUUAAGUAGCGAAACAGUAAGGAUAUUUAUGUUUCUAUAAUGGCACCAAGCUGCCUCGGCUAAGGUUAUAUAGCCCAGUAAAUGGCCUGCACUUUAGAAAAAGUGCUGGCCGAUACUCGGACCCUUCUCGAGAGGCUAAAAGAGCACGACACAGCCGCCGAGGGACUGAUAGAGCAGUCCGAGGCCCUAAAUCAGAGAGUGCAGGGCAUGAGAGAGGUGGGAAAUGCUCUGCCAGACAAGCACACAGAUGACAGUUCAGAGAUACAGGAGCUCACGAAAUACAAACCUCAUGUCCUUCUGACUCAGGAAAACACUCAAAUCAAGGAACUGCAGCGGGAGAAUAAAGAACUAUGGCUGUCUCUUGAAGAACACCAGUACGCACUGGAGUUGAUCAUGUGUCGGUAUCGCAAGCAUGUGCUCCAGUUGAUGAUGGCAAAGAAGGAGCUGGACACCAAACCUGUGCUCAGCCUCCAUGAGGACCAUGCCAAAGAAGUGCAGAGCCAAGUGGAGCGGAUAUGCGAGAUGGGCCAGGUGAUGAGAAGAGCAGUGCAGGUGGAUGAUAAGCACUAUUGCUGUGUUCGAGAGAGGCUCGCUCAGCUAGAGAUUGAGAACAAGGAGCUGCGUGAUCUCCUGGAAAUCAGCAAGAGCUCUGUGAAGACAACUAGCCAGUCACUAGCAGCAGAAGAAGGAGAAGAGUCUCCUCUGCCGGGGUCCACCGAGUGACCUGAAGUACAGCUGGGAUAAAGUUCCACAGAACCAGGAGAGGGGGCUGAUUGUGUCUUCACCUGUGUUCACCACCACAUUAUAGAUAUUGUUAUUUUAAUUUUAUUUUUUUACAUGUAAUGAAAUGCAGUCCAGCAUGAGGUUAUCACUCACAAUACACAUGUACUGCAGCAAAGGCAGUAAACGCAAAGGGGAUUUCUUUAGUUUUUAGCCAAAGACACUUUUAUUCUCCAAGGAUACAGUUUCUACCUCUUUGGUGCCCCUUUGCUGUUCACACACACAAACUUUCAGAGUGAGUAAAGCACCCAAAACCAGCCCAACCUUUGAGUUCACUUGAAAUCUAUUAAUAAGCCAACUUGUAGUCCACACCAUAUAAGAAGCUGUGCUUGCUGCCAAUAAGAUAACUUUUGGCUGUUUUAAACUUUGCCUGCUGAGGAGUAGCAGUGGAACCUUUGUUGUGAUGUUUUGGGUUUGAUAUGGUUGAUUGUCUCAAUAUAAAACAUGGUUUUCAUGUUUUGGUACCUUAAUUCUGUGUGUUAGACACAAGUUGUACAGUUUGCCGAUUCAGAGUAUUGCGUACCAGCUAAUGGCACAUCUUUGUUAGUGAGAACACUUUCAAACAUGCCAGGGUUUUUUGUGUAAUGGAUACCAUGUUUGUACACUGUAUGUUGUCAGAAACUGUAUUUUGUCGUCUUAGGAAAUCAUGUUAGAUGACUUCACGACAGUGUACUGAUUUGUGUCAAAUUAAACUCAGAAAGUUUGCUAUACAUAAAA